AUGGGUGGCUCUACAAGUAAGGAGGAGAGAAACAAUACAAGGAGACGCAUCAAGGGGAGAUCAAAAGAAGAGAAAAGGAGACCAGGAAGAAGAGAAGUCGAUGAGAUAGAGAGAGUAGUUUUGGCUAUGAAGAUGGCAGAAACAGAGUGGAGGAAGGAGAGGAAGAGACUGAGAGAGGAAGUGAAGAGACUAAGGAAGAAAGUGGAAGAGAAAGAAGAAGGAAAAGCGAAACAAAACGAAUGGGAAUGGGUCGUGGAACAGAUGUGUUUAGAGAGAGCCGUGAGGGAAGAAGCCGUUGAGAGAUGGAAACAGCUUUAUUUCGCUAUCAAGAAUGAGCUUGAUGAUCUCAUCCACACAACAUAUGGAGAGACACUGAGGCAGAAACCACAAGAAGAAGGUUUAAAGACAGUGCAAGAACUCAGGAAACAAGUGAAAGUUAGGGAAGAAACGAUUGAAACACUCAAGGGAAGAAUAGCUUUGAUGGAUAAACAACGAAAUGAGAAGGAAAGAGAGAUUGGCUUACUGAGACAGAGUCUUCGUAUACUCGGCAAUGUCAAUGGGAAGAACAAGGCACCGUCUUCUGCUACCAGAAACCUGCCAAUAUUCAAAACAAAAUUCAUCAGUUGUAGUUAG